AUGUCGAUAUCAUUGACUCUUAUGGGUGGCCCACCAUGGGGGCUUCGGCUAAGCGCUGAUGAGAGGAUGAGACCAACUGUUUGUAAGAUUCUACCAGGAGGAAGAGCGAAUGUUGGUGGUGUCCGAAUAGGUGACGUUGUUGACACUAUAAACAAUGAAGUUGUUGAAUCAGUCGAAGAUGUUUACAAGAAAAUAUCAGAAUCCAAAAAUACUUUGAAUAUCGGUUUAAUAAGAGAUUCUGAUAGCUAUCAUCAGACAAUCCGUCGAGAGAAGCUCAGCACUUCAGCUCACAGCUCUCCUAUAACGAUACGAAAAGAAUUGCCCUCACCGACAUCUGUGCCUUCAUCUCCAAUCCUUCCACGAGCAAAUCCAUUUCAUACCAAUUCGUCACCGCUUCGACAAAUUCGACUAGAUCUUGAAGGGAUUAGAGGAGCUACACAGAAUAAACGACAACUUUUUGAACAAAUCUGCUCGAGUCGCUCGCCGGCAACUGAUCGUCUCCUACAACGAAAAAUCCAAAUGGGUUUUCAACAAGGAUUACCUUCUGAAAGUACGACAACUGGAUAUGAUAGUGUUUGUGCUGACUUUGCCGGUGGUUCAAUCUCUGAUAUUCAUAGCGGACGAAGUAGUCCUAAUAGCUCCUUGAAUAUGGAUGAUGUUGAUAGGACUUUACUAGAGUCCAGAGUUUGUAAAAGUCAAACAAGCCGAGAAAAUGGAGGAGCAAUGACUGAUAAUCUACAGAUGGAAGAGAUGCGAGUUGCCAAUUCAAAUCCAGAUUGGGGUAUGCGGACGGAUAUUCAAAAGCACAACCCGGCUGAAGGAGAUGUAGAGGUGCCUGGAAGACGAAGUGUCGCUGCUCUCAGACAAGCUAUAACCGACAAACUUGAAAUGAAAACUCCAACAGCUGGCUCUCGCCCAAAAACUCCUUCAUCCAAUCAUUAUUCAGACGGAAGAGAAACUCCAACAUGGAGUGCUGCUAGCAUCAAAGUGUUUGAAGGUUUAGAAGACAAUAGACCAUAUCUCGGACGAGUACUGGAUGGUCCAGUAGCUCCAACGAAAUAUUUUCAAGGGGUGCCUCCUCCAAGCUAUCAUCUCUCAUACACUCCUCAGUCAACAGAACCACAUUCAAAGCCUCCACUUCCACCUGUAGUUCCACCGAAACCGAACAAGGCAGUAACAAUUCAUGAAUCUGGUGAAGAACCACAAUCAUCUCAUAUCAUCGAGCCGGUUCGUUACGAGCAGAACAGUUUUCUUAACUCAAUUGCUCGAAAUGAUGAUAUACCAGAAGAUGAGAACUUCUAUGAAGAGAAACCUCCUUCCACGUACAUCGUUCGGGAUUCUCCUAGAGGAAACAAUCAAUAUACAAAUAAACCUUCUUCCCAGGACCAAUAUAAAAACUCUUCAAGUAUAUCAGAAGAAAAACCGUCAACUUCUUAUCCCAAUCAAAAGGACGACGAAAAAAGUAAUCAAACAGCUUCUGAAUUCUAUCACAGUCUCUACGAGGGAGGAUCUGAAAGAAGAAUCAACGAUAUCCCAUCGCAAAACAAUGCGAAUGUCACACCAGCAGACAGGGCUUUUGCUAAAGUUUUUCCUGACGUCAGCUGCACUUCUACAAUCAACGAUCCAAGAAUCGAACAUUCAACCACCAGUUCUGAACCCAUGACUACUUCUUGUCUGACAUACUUUGAUGACGAUAUGACUAAUUCUCAACAGUCCUUCACACAGAGAGAUGGAAACGUAUCGAUGGACAGUCCUCCAGAGGAUCCUAAAUGUUCUCCUAAGAAUGGUGUUGAACGUCGGCAGAGCAUGGAUCUCGAAACAUCAGAGCUUCUGAAGUCUCGUUCACCAGCUCCGUUUGGUACGUAUUCAUCGAGUAGCGGAGAUCAUUUUGCGACAUUAAGGCGUCGUCAAUAUUCCCCUGUUACUCCAGUUCUGUCAACACCUUCUUCUGAUGAUCUGUUGUCUCCAGCUGGUACUAAAGUUUAUUCAUAUACUGAUGACAGUGGUUUCAUGGAAACACCAUCAUUCAAGGAUAACACAUCGUUCGAUUCGGCAUCUGUAACUUCUCCUCAACGUGACGACGGAACGUUCAGUGUCAUGUCAUCUGAAUCUCGCAGGCCUGAGAGCUUCAUGUCGUACUCGACUCAGAACGACGGCACCGCCCCAUACAACGGAUUGAAUACUACGCCUUCAUCUCAUCCCGCACCAAUAUCAUCUGUAUCUUCGGCUGAACAUCAUUUAUCGGAAGAAAAGCCGUUAACAGAAGAUGAAAUUCUACUAAGACAACAACGUAUUGCUCAAGACGAUCUCGAACAGAUGUCUGAAAUGUCUUCCUGGUAUCGAAAUAUGUUCAAGAAGAUGCAUCGUCUAGAUGACCACAACGAGUCGGUAUUGAAAUAUCAGCUGCGUGAGCAAGCUCCGACCGCCAACAACAUAAGCCGUCCAAUCACUCCCAAUACUUUUGUUUCUCGUCCUCCAUCGCGUUUUGAGUGUGAAAUAACUCCACGACGGGCAAAAUCGGUUGGACGUGUCGUUGAGCCAUCAUCGGAUAAGCCAUCCUCCACCAAUUUGGCAACUGAAAUUGCUGAACUCAAACGGAUAUCUAAAGAAGAAAUGAUGUAUCGUCAAAAGGCUGAACGAUUAACGGAAGAAUUACAACAAGAACGACAACGUCGUCAUGGUUUUAUCCCUUCUGCUUCUCCCGCUCUUCAAAAGAAUUUCGAUCGUUUCGAAAGUUUAAUGAACAACUAUGGUAGCGGUGAAGUGCCAGCUGAGUCAAAUAGAAUGAACUCUGUACAAACGGCAACAGCCAUUUAUAAAUUUGUAGCCAAAGGUGCAAGGGAGUUACCUUUGAAUAAAGGGGACAUCAUCAGAAUUCAUCGAGAAAUUGAUUCAAACUGGAUGGAGGGAGAGAGAAAUGGAAAAGUAGGAAUAUUCCCUUCCAGUUAUGUACAGAUUGAUGAUGAUGUUCACAGCAAAAAAAAUAAAAUGAGAGCAGUAUACCCAUUCACGGCUCGUAACAGCAAUGAAAUGAGUCUUAAACUGGGUGAGCUUAUCACAUACCGUCGAGAUAUUGAUGCCAACUGGGCAGAAGGUUCAAAUCAUAUUGGGGAAAUUGGAAUCUUUCCUAAGUGCUACGUCAGGUUGCUUGACGAUGCUCAGGAAACUUCCUCAGUUGUUCCUGACAGACCUAAAACACCGAAAAUUGGAAGUACGCCAGGGUUCGAGGCAGACUACGAAAGAGAACCAGCCAAAGAAAUCCAGAUCCGCGAGCCAAUUCUUGAACCGAUUCCAGAAAUCAGAAGAGAAACAUAUCACGAUUCUCUUCACUCACUUCAUCCUCAAAAUCAAAGAGAUCUCCUUCCUGAGGCUAAACGAGUUAUGCAGCACGAUGUUCACAGAGGAGAAAUUCAAACUGAUGCUCAUCGUGUCAUUCAUGUUGAACCACAACGAACAUAUCAAUCUGAACAACACAAGGAACUUCAUCCGGAUAUUCAGAGAGAUCUUCACCCUGAUAUUCACCGUGAUCUUCAUCGAGAACUCCAAGCCGAUUAUCAACGAGAAACUCAACCUAUGAUUCAGCGUGAUAUAAAACGUGUUCAAACUAUUUCAAAUGGUCAAUCAGAAAACUUCAACGGUAACAAGUCUCUAAUGACAAGAGACAGCCAAAGCUUCGAAGAGAAGCCACAGAUGAAGCCUCAAGCUGAAUGGCAACAUGAUGUAUCUGCAUCUAAUUUUUCGCAAUCUCAACCCUCUAAAACACAAAAUUCUUAUGCAGGACUUGCUAGCUUAAUUCCUAGAGGAAGUGAAACGUAUCGAGCAGUCUAUGCUUAUAAAUCUCAAAAAGAAGAUGAGUUAGAUUUGGAAGUCGACGACAUCAUUUUCGUUGUAGAAAAGUGUGAUGAUGGCUGGUUUAUAGGAACUCUUCUUCGUACCGGACAGUUUGGUACCUUCCCUGGUAACUAUGUGCUAAAGCAUUAA